AUGAUAAUAUCAGCGUUGCCCAAAUCCUCAGAUCAUGCUAGCAUCAAAUUAGUGGUCGAAAAUUCCGCGAAACUUGCUGAAAAAUCUGAAGAGUGUGGUAAAGUUGUCCAAAAUUGUCCUGGUGGCAAGAAUUCCUUUGAAGAUAUUCUAUUUCAAAAAUUAGCACGAACAUAUCCAAUUUAUCAAUUUGUUGCCAGCAAUUAUUUUAUCGAAUGUGCUAUCAAUUUCUUGGAAGAUAUAAAAAAUUAUAAGCAAUUCAUUCCAAAUUGCAAAAAUCAAUUAUUUUUGAUGAUGAACUUUCGGGAUAUGAAAAAAUGUGAAAAUGACAGAAAUGAUUUGGAGAAAUGCUACGAGGCAGUUUUUGGAAAAUAUUGCACUUUGGAUCAUGCUAGAGAGUUGGUGAAUAUUGUUAUGAAAACAAUGAAUGAUCAAAAACAAUGCAAAAAUUAUAAUUGA